AUGACUGUAUCUGCUAGAUAUGAAGAAAUAAAAUUACCAUCAGGUACCACAUACAAGCAACCAUUAGGGUUCUUUAUCAACAAUGAGUUUCAUAACUCAUCGAAUAACGAAAAAAUGCCAGUAGUUUAUCCCGUGACUGGUGAGCAGGUUUGUGAGUUGGAAAUAGCUUCCAGUACUACUGAUUUAAAUGCCGCAGUAAAAGCUGCCAAAGAUGCUUUCCCAAUAUGGAAAAGUACUCCUGCUACUGUAAAAAGAAAUUUAUUUUUCAAACUGGCAGAUUUGGUCGAACAAAAUUGGGAAAUCUUGGCCGAAAUUGAAAGUUUUGAUACAGGUAAGCCAUUAGCUAAUGUAUCCAGGGGUGAUAUUGGCAGAAUUAUUGACUGUUUUAGAUACUAUGGUGGUUGGAUUGAUAAGUUACAUGGUCAAUCAUUUAUCCCUAGUGAUAAAAAAAUAUGUUACACUUAUCACCAACCAUUGGGCGUAGUUGGCUGUAUUAUACCAUUUAACUACCCAUUAUCAUUGAUGUCCUGGAAGUGGACCGCAAUUGCCUGUGGUAACACUGCUGUUUUCAAAUCAGCCGAACAAACACCAUUGACUAUAUUGUAUUUUGCUCAAUUAGUGGAAAAGGCUGGAUUUCCACCUGGUGUAUUCAAUGUGGUUACCGGAUAUGGUAAAGAUUUGGGUGAUGCCUUGGUUAAACAUUUAGACAUUUGUAAAAUAGCAUUUACUGGGUCUACCUUUGCCGGUCAAUUAAUUCAAAAGAAUGCAGCUGUUAACUUAAAAGCGUUAACUUUGGAAUGUGGUGGUAAGUCGCCUAUUGUCAUAUUUGAUGAUUGUAAAUUUGAACAAGCAGUUAAAUGGACUUGUAUAGGUAUUUUCAGUAAUAUGGGUCAAAUUUGUUCUGGUACCAGUAGAUGUUAUGUCCAAGCUGGCAUUUAUGAUAAAUUUAUUGAAGCCUUAGUAGACCAUUUGGAUAAAUAUUAUAAGAUUGGCGACCCAUUUGAUGAUAAAACAAUGGUGGGUCCAUUAAUUACAAAAAUUCAACAGCAAAGAGUCUUGGAAUAUAUUUCUACAGCUAUUAAGGAAGGUUGUGAAUUGGUUUAUGGAGGGUUAGAAAAGCCACAGAACAUAAGCAAAUGUUUAGAAAAAGGGUUUUAUGUUAGACCAACUAUUUUCAAAGAUGUUGAGCCUCACCAUACCAUUUUUAAAGAAGAAGUUUUUGGGCCAGUGAUUUCGAUUACCAAGUUUGAUGAAUUUGAUAAGGUUUUGGAAAGUUGCAAUGACAACCAAUAUGGUUUAGGUGCUGCUAUUUUUACACAAGACAUCACUAGGGCCACUGUAUUUGCUAGAGAAAUUGAGGCUGGUAUGUGCUGGAUUAAUAGUUCUAACGAUGUUGAUAUGAAUGUUCCAUUUGGUGGUAUUAAGAUGAGUGGUGUGGGUAGAGAGUUGGGUGAGUAUGGUUUAGCUAAUUUCACUAAUGUGAAAGCAGUUCAUUUAAACUUGGCUAAUGAUUUAUAA